AUCAUCCGGGCGCCUAGACUCUCCAACAAUCGCGGCAAAUUUUAUAUCUUCUUCAAGGACAACAUAUAUCGCCCUAGAAAAGAUCACCAUCUACCGCCACCGACGGGAGUUACACCGAUGAAGUUCAACUACCAGCUCCUCACGACGCCUACGGCUGACACACCUGGCACUACCCUCCUCCUUCAUUUUCCGGAUAAACGAUACCUGUUCGGACAGAUAUCUGAAGGUACGCAGCGAGCAUGCACAGAAGGUGGGACUAAGGUCGCUAGUGUCUCAGACAUUUUCCUCUCGGGCCGUCUAGAAUGGAGCAAUACAGGAGGCUUGAUUGGUAUGAUCUUGACCCAAGCUGACGGGCUGUCCAGUUCUGCCUCCGCCGCGGAGCAGGCUGCCCGGGAGAAAGAAGCGAAUCGCCUCAAGUACAGCGUGAAAAAGGGCAAAGCAGGAGAUCAUUCGCCAGUCGUAGAGGAAACUCCCGCUCCAGAAAAACUGUCCGACUCGCAGCAUGAGUUGACCAUCCAUGGUGGGAGGAACCUGGCGCAUACCUUAGCUACCGCUCGGCGAUUCGUCUUUAGAAAGGGUACACCCGUAUAUACAAGGGAAUAUGACACGGAAACACUGUCGAAGAAACUCCACACCAACGAAGAUGACCCAUUUCAAAAGCCUACGUGGUCGGAUCAAAAUAUCAAGGUAUGGGCUAUGCCAAUCUCUCCUUCAUCUGCGCCACCGCCCCGGCCCAAGAGCCCAAGAAAACGAAGCCUCGAUGAAUUCCGAGAGACUGCGGAUACCUCCGAUUCUAGCCUGCAUCUCAGCGAUCAGCUCAUGAGGGAGUCCGUUGUCGCUGAUAUGUUUAAUUCAUCAUGGAGCCUGGAUGCGUUGGUAGAGACCCGUCUUUCUCAAGUCAAGAUGCCUGCUGUCAUGUUUGUGCGCAAUCCGCAGACCAAAGACCUGGAAAAGUACACGGGACCAGCUCCAGGAAGUAAUGAGCCCCUUCCAGAUAUAACCGUAUUGGUGCGCAAGCCGUGGCCUGGCGCCGCCAUCGAAAAGAUCCCUACAGCGACAAAGAACGAGGAGUCUCUUUGCUAUAUCAUCAAGAACCAUGAUAUUAGAGGAAGGUUUUAUGCUCCCAGAGCCCUCGCUCUUGGUGUUAAACCUGGUCCCGAUUUUGGUGCCCUCACCAAGGGUGGGACUGUCACCGUCGAUGGCAAUGUGAUAACACCGGAGAUGGUCUUGGGACCUCCCCGUCUCGGACAGGGGAUGGUAAUCGUCGAUUUGCCCACCCCAGAAUAUGUGGAAAAUUUCGUUAACCGACCAGAGUGGAAGUCCCCUUCGAUCACAACCAACCUGGCGGCUUUCAUCUGGAUUUUGGGUCCGGGGGUUGGGGAACAUCCUCGUCUUCUCGAGUUUGUACAGAAGAUGUCAAAGUCUAAACACAUCGUGUCGAGUACAGAUUAUUGCCCGAACUACUUGGCCAUGAAGAGUGUUUCUGGGAUGGUAAUCCGGAUGGCAAGGUUGAGACCUGACAAUUUCCCAGUUCCAGUCCACGAUAAUGCAACCCUUCCCCAGACAAGUUAUUCCGCGGAAAGCACUUCGUUGGUACCUACCACAAGCUCAAAGGCUCUUUUGACGCCAGCAGAGCCGGGAUUGAUCGUUGAGAUGGAACCUCUCUUCAAGCUGGACAGUUCCGUCGUUGUGCCUCGACUGAACACCGCGAAAAUCCUGAAACAAAUGCCCGUUACCGCUCAGAAGCGGGCUCAAGUUAUCACUACCCGCUUGAAGAAGGCAAAGGCUGGAUUGCAGAGGUUCCUGAAAGAUCUCCCCGGUGCCGAUGCAGAAAUCAUCACGCUUGGCACGGGGUCCUCCACACCAUCUAAAUACCGUAACGUCUCCAGUACGUUGAUCCGGGUUCCUAAACAGGGCUACUACCUCCUGGACUGUGGCGAGAACACCCUUGGCCAGCUCAAGCGCAUGUACAACCCUGAACAACUCCGGGAAGUGCUUCGAAACCUACGUAUGAUCUGGAUCAGUCACCUUCACGCAGAUCACCACCUUGGCACUGUCUCCGUCAUUAAAGCCUGGUACGAGGAGAACUACCCCGGCGGGCACGGCCAGUCCGACUCGCCAGAAAUGGACAUGGCUACCAUCUUGAAAGAGAAGCGCCUGUUCCUUGUCUCCGAGCAGAUGAUGAUCGAAUGGCUCGAGGAAUACGCCGGAGUUGAGGACUUUGGCUUCGGCAAGAUGGUCCCUCUAUCUGCGACCCCCGUUGCCCAACACGGAACGAUCCAUACCACAUUCCACUACCGCCACUGCCGCCCGGACGGAUCUUAUCCAGGCCGUGAUCUCCCCACCGGCAAGCCUGUCACCACUGAGCUCUCCUUCACGGACGAGACCUCACCCCUCACCCCUCUCCUCCGUAGGGCAACGGGCCUCUCAGACCUCCUCACAACACGAGUCUCCCACUGCCGCGGCGCACUAGCCGUCUCCCUCGUUUACUCCGAUGGCUUCAAGGCCUCGUUCUCCGGCGACUGCCGGCCCUCCGACAACUUCGCCCUCAUUGGCAGGGGCUCCACGGUAUUAAUCCACGAAUCCACUUUCCAAGACGACAUGAUCGGGUCCGCGAUCGCCAAGCGCCACUCCACCGCCUCUGAAGCCAUCGCAAUCGGCCAUAAAAUGCAUGCCCGUGCUAUCCUUCUCACCCACUUCAGCCAACGGUACCAGAAAGUUCAGUAUCGCGAGCACCCCGCCGCCACAGCAGCGAAACCCGACCAAGCCCGUCCCAUUUCCAACAACGAAGACGACAACCAGCCCCUUGUGACAUCCACUCCUCCCCCCACCAGCCCUCCACCAGCCCCCGAAGAUGUCCCCAUCGUCGCAGCCUUCGACUACAUGCGCGUCCGCAUUCGAGACAUGUACGCCCUCGAAGCGUAUUCCCCGGCUAUCGAGAACCUCUUGAAGAUGAUCGAGCGCCAAGCCGAGCAAGAAUGGCAGCUCCUCAAGACGCAACGCGAGGAAAACGAAACUACGAAAUCCAAAGUGCGGAUCAAGGCGUACAAACAAGGCGCUGUUAUCAAGCGGCGGAAACAGGCUGGCGAGAGGGAACAGGAGCCCGAGCCCGAGCCCGAACUGUCCUUUGAUACCCAAGGUAUGACGCCGCCACAACCACCAAAGCAUCUCUCUGUAUGGAGUGCCAGUGAGAGCGAGAGUGGUUGGAGUACAAGCGACUACGAGAGUGAGACCGAGGAUACGCGUCAGGGUGCAGAGAAGGAGAAUCAGAGCGAGCAAUGGAAGACCCGGAGAAAGGACAGCCAUGUGCCUGGAUCUCGUAUUCGUGGGUCUUCGCCUUCGCGUUCGCGUUCCCCUUCUCGUACUCGUACCCGUACACCUUCGCGAUAAAAAAAAAAAAUAGGGAUGCGAUGCGAAGUAAUACUUACAGUACACUUGUGCUUUCCUUUGAUCUUUUCUCUGCUCUAGAUGUUAUUUAUACCAUUCUGCUUAUACUGUGUGGAUAUGUAUGUAUGUAUGUAUGUAUAUAAAUAUUAC